AAUACCAUUUAAUGACUGCUGAAAAUCAUUAUUUUCAUUCUAUCAUAAAACCAAGAAAUAUUGUAGCUCUAUCUCUGAAUUACCGAAAUUGUUACUAACUAGUGUAUAAACUGGUGGUGAUCCUCAAAAAUAUACCUAAAUGUCCAUCGUUCAAUACCAAUAACCAAUAUCAGCUCGGAGAUUCAGAUCACAAAUAAACUUCAAUUCGGGACCAGCUACAAAAGGCUUGUUAUAUACAAAAUGCGUCAAUACUAGUAAUUUCUGCAAUCAUGGUUAGGGUGGCAACAUCAGAAGCUCUCAGGUUCAUGACAGACUGUCUGAAGGCGGCUGGAGCAGCCGCGAGGGCCGCUGAACAGCAAGCCGAACUACUCAUCCAGGCUGAUAAAUUCGGUCAUCCUAGUCACGGACUUAAUAGGUUAGAGAAAUACGUCAAUGACAUCAUGAGUGGUGCGUGCGAGCCUAACAACGAGCCAACGGUGCUUCAAGAAUCUCAGUCGACAGCCUGGGUUGACGCCAGAAAUGUACUUGGAGCGACUGCCAGCCACUUUGCUAUGGACAUAGCCAUAGAGAAGGCCGAAGAAACCGGAGUAGGGUGGGUCUCUGUUAAAGGUUCUAAUCACAACGGUAUGGCCGGCUUUUGGUCUCAAAAGGCAGCAGAUAGAGGAAUGAUAGGCAUGGCUUUUACAAACACAUCGCCUCUGUUAGCACUAACGAGAAGUAAACAGUCGGCGUUGGGUACAAAUCCUCUGUCGGUAGUGGCGCAUGCGUCAGAAGGCGAGACCUUCUACCUCGACAUGGCUACCACAGCAGUUGCUGUUGGAAAGAUCGAGAUGCAGCGUCGAAAAGGCGAGCCGUUACCGAGUGGCUGGGCACAGGGACCUGACGGCAAAGAAACUACAGACCCUGAACUGGGCUUCAAAACAGCAUGUCUAAUGCCUCUUGGCGGUGGUGAAAUGACAUCAGGUUACAAAGGAUUUGGACUAGCCGCUAUGGUUGAGCUAUUCUGUGGAGUAUUAGCAGGUGCAAAUUACGGCCACCAUGUGCGGUCGUGGUCCCACGGUGCCGACGGUGAACCGGCCAACCUGGGCCACUGCUUCGUGGCUGUCAACCCUGACUGCUUCGCCCCAGGCUUCGGAGACCGUCUCGCUGACUGCAUACAACAUUGGCGGCAGUUAGAACCUACGGAUCCCAACCUGCCAGUGCUGGCUCCAGGAGAUAAGGAGAAGCAAGCAGCGGCUUUAGCAGAUUCUACAGGUUCGGUCUCGUAUCUCAAACAGCAGAUAGAGACCAGCGCCGCGCUGGCAAAGAAACUCAACGUGAAGCCAAUGGAACUUUGCUCGUUUGUGUGAAAACUUUAACUCAUUUUGAUUUUCUGAAGUUUUAUAACUGUGUUCGGGAGCUCCCUUAUGAUGUACAGUUGAAAGUGUGAUUACAUCCUUGCCUUCCCAUGUUUGGAACCAAAUGUUAAUUAUUUUAUUAUGAAGGUGCCUUUAUUAUUUGAUUAUGAUGAAUUUAUAUUGAUUGUUAUUUUAUAUUGAUUGUUAUUUUGUAUUGAGUUUAUAUUGUUUAUUUCAGAAUAUUAAAAUCAAUAUUUUUACAA